AGAACGGUUAAAUUUCCUCUCUAUGAUAGUAGAUUGCAUUUUUUGCUUCGUGGGUGCUGCCCGAUAACGGCUUUCAACAUCAUGCUCGUUGAUUGUGCUGCUCGCUUGGGAUCUCCUUCAGUUCGACUGUGAGGAUGUCCAAAUGGCUGCCACAAGAUCCCCUGGCUUGUUUUUUGUUUUCUUAUUUUGCAGGUUCCUUAUGGCUGCUGAUAGAGCGUUGUAUCCUUUAAAUGGUUUAUUGCAUUUUAGGGUCCUAGUUCCGUUUUCUCUAUUUUGGUUUGCAGGGAUGCUUCUUCGGCUAUUGAAUUCUCCAUGUUGAGAUGCUUUACAAUGGUGCUUGACCCAUGACUUUGUUUUUGUCAAAUUUCAUGGGGACUCACAACAAUUGAUACGACGAAUGGUGGGGGACGAUUUUGCUC